GAGUAACGUUGUUUAGUGUACCAGAGCGCGAGUUGUGGAUUUUGUUGUCGGAACACCAACCUGUCGAAAUGUCAGCUUCACCAAUGGCCCGACAAGCCGCAGGAAGUAAGGCCAUCCCCAUCAAGAAGGUGUUCGUUUCCGACCCUUCCGAGCUACCAGCGCACUACUCCUCCACCCCCGGGGGGACUUUGUUUUCAACCACUCCGGGAGGGACGAGAAUAGUUUAUGAAAAAAACUUCCUCAUGAACCUACGCAACUCGCCUAGUUCCAAGACCCCUCCCAGUUACGACAUUCCCGACGGUCUUAUCAAAGGGUUUGGCGGCCCUACUAAGAAAAACAGUCCCCCGAAGCCAAGAAAUGGUUUACCACCAAGGAGGAACAGCCAUAGCCAGAAGAAAACCAAUUGUCACGAGGACCAAUUUGAAAUAGAACUUUAGUAUUAGAUUUUGAUAUUUACCCGUAAGGUUAAGCUUUAAUAAUUUUCUAAGCUGUCAGACAUUGCAAGAAUAAAGUUGGCUGGGCAUAAGUGUCAAAUCUACCCAGUUGGCUUUGACAGUGACCAAGGAAGAAACGUUGCGGUUUGGUGCCUACUGCGAUUGUUCUGUAAACAUGUAUUUUUUCUAAUAAACACACUUCGCUGUGAUUAAAAAAAAA